UGGAGCAUCAUCAUCGGCCUUGUUGUCGUCGUCCUUGCGAGCUUGGCCGCCUGGUUCCUCUCACCUAAAGGCGAAACACAGACGACUUGGCGAAGCUCCCUCAUCCUCUCCUUCGCAUCCUGCUAUAUCAUGUGGGCGAUCACUUUCCUUGCACAAUGGCACCCGCUCAUCGUUCCGCGGCGCGGAGACUUGAGGGAU